AUGCCUUCCAACCCAUAUAAGACAUCUGCUAGUCACUUGAAGAGCGCCAAGAGAUGGGUACGUGCUGUUCGCAAGAAUGCCGAGCUUGGGACGGUAUCCAAAACUGAGAUGAUCGUGGUCCAUUCUCUGGUUCGCAGACAUCUACGUGUCCUGAUGUGUCGGGAGUCGCACUUGUCUCCGAUCCCCAUGUCUCUCUCGGCAGAAGAGGAAAGCGCUUUCACCAACCGCUUCCCUGAUGGCGAUCCUCUUCCCCAUGCCAAUUCCGUUUCUUUGAUCUCUGUUACGGACUUUGUACAUACUGGUCCCCACAUGAAAAAAGGAGAUUUCUGGGAAGUUGAAAUGGACCUCAAGCGUUUUGGCCUUCGCCGAUUUUCUUUCAACUGGGAGGCCGGCUUUGACAAUCGCGCCAACAAGCUGGCUGGUGAACUCUUUUGGACCUCGUUUUAUCGUGCGAUCAAGUCACGCUCCUACAAGUAUAUAAUUACUCCGCACGUUCUCACCCGAGAGAUUGUCUAUCCAGUAUUUAUUAUCGAGUUCAACCACCUACGCUCAAAGUAUAAAACUCAGUGCAGUAGUUUGGAGGUUCUGCAAUUUCAUUCCAUGGUAAAUGCAAAGGAAAUGGUUUGUAAAGAAUACUCGGAGUGUUUGAUCAAGGAAGGCGUGAACGAAGUGUUUAUAUCAAUCUUUCAGCCCAGAAAUUUUAUGAUUAUGGGUAACGAGUCUGAAGUCAUGAUCAAAGCUGGCAAUGCGGUUAUCAAGGAGAUACAUGUGGAAAUCCCGCGACGGUGGUCGGAAAAGACUAUUCGGUUCAUGGAAGUGAUUGAACAGCGUGUACAAUUUCAUUCCAAAUCUCGCUACAUCUUUCCAGGGUCUAUUCGCCCGAUUCGAAAAUAUGUAAAAUCCAACUCGUUUGACUAUGGGUUUGUACCCCGUCACCUUCCGGCCGAUCUCUAUAGCGACGAUUACCACGAGAACUUACUUCCCAACGAAUUCUGGGAGCUCAAAGUGAAACCGGCUGCAUUACCCAGCAUUGAGGAGAUGGAAUCCAUAUUCCCUGUGGCAGAAGCUCAACUCGUACAUCAUCUAUCUGACAAGGCCGUAAACGAGUAUUAUUCAAGUGACGACAAUAUCUCUGAAGAUGAACAUGUUGAAUCCGAAGAUGAAGAUAUGUCUGGUAACACCGAGGACAAUAUCUCCGAGCUCAAACGCGUCAAGGGUGUAUUUCAAAAUGAACUGUCAAAUUUAAAGGAUGAUCUACUUGUAUGCAAGACAACAUUCACUUCGUUCAAAGAUGGUAUAUCUGACAUGAUGCCAGUGUGCUUGGCUGAAUUAAACAAGGCAAAAGAUGAUAUUGCAACUCUUCACGAAAAGUUAAAUGAGAUACAAGGAAAAUUGAAUUCGAGUGAGGGGGUCUCGUCAUCAGGAGGAAACAAAGACUGA